UGCGAAAGAAGGCGUUUUCGGUGCAGGCUUCGUGGCCGUUAGCUCCCCCGCCGUAGUGGGUAAGCGCCAUGGAUUAAGGAUCAAAGAAGCAAGUGGUUUGGCACUCCGGUGCUAGGCGCUUCGCACCAUGCCGCCGAAAAAUCAGGCGAGAAAAGCGAGCUCAGCUAAAGACUCCAAAGAACAGCCAGCGCGCUCCAGCAGGCGGGCAUCGGCUUCGUCAAAGUCCUCCACGUCCCCCGAAGAUACUACGACGCCGGCCCAGCCACAAGGGCGACAGCAACCGGCAGCUGACGCGCCUGCGUGGGUGCAACAGUACCAGCAGCAACAACCCGCGGUACUCCAAGCGCCCAUGUGGAACCAAAUACCCGUGGGUUACCAGGACCCCAUGGGUCAGAUGCAGGGUCAGGCGUACGUGGACCCGGCCGACCCGAACACGGUGCACUACGAGGGCUUCGACGCCGGUGCCCGAUUCACCAAUUUGGCGCCGGCCCGGGUCCCCCCGCCGCCGCCAGGGGUCAUGCCCAACCCGGCCCAGGUGGCGCUCAUGCAGGGCCGUAACGUCGUGGUCACGCAGCGCAAGUCCAACGUCUUCUCGGGAGGAUCCAGCGGCGGCGUGGACACCGGCUGCACGCUGCAGUGACGUCACGGUCGCCAGCCGCCAUCGCGAACGCCCGUUGAAAUUGCUGCAGCAGCUGAAGAUUCGCAACUGCGGUCAUAUUCGAUACAGUAAAUUGCUUACAUUACGAACGCUUCUAUACAACUUAUUAGUUUUAGAUUGGGGGACGCAAGCGGCUUGCGUCUAAUCUAAAGCUCUCUAUUCUGAAAACUUUCGUUGCAGCUGAAGUAUAGCUUACUAAUAAUGAACAUGUAGUCUUGCCGGCAUGACUGUAGCGCUUUCGAAAUAACUUCGUCCUCGCAAUUUCAUCAAUAGUUUGCAUUUUUAUAUACUUUUGUAACGAUACUCUUUUAUUCCCUCUUCUCUAUUUGCCUCUGCCGACAGUUACAGUGCAGGCAGCAGGACUUUCUUUACCUAAUAAUAAAGCGAUCAUUUACCACUAUC